AUGGGUUCUCAUUGUUCUUUAUGUAAUUGUGAUAAGAAAUCAUAUGAAAUAUAAGAAUGUCUAUCAAUCCAAACUACUGGUUCUAAAACUGAAAAAACAUAUAUGACAAAAAAUAAAAUGGCAACAGUAAUCUAAAAACAUUGGAGAGGUUAUAUUGAAAGGCGUAAAGUUGAUUAUUAAAAAAUACUUUAUGCCUUUGAAACUGAAACAGUUGAAAGCGGAAUCUCAAUAAAUCACGAUGAUUAAGCUAGAGUUGAAAAACUUACUUAUAUAUUUCCUGGAGGAGCUACUUAUACUGGUGAAUGGAGAGGAAACUCAAGGGAUGGAUAUGGAAUACAAGUUUGGCCGGAUGGUGCAAAAUAUGAAGGUGAAUGGAAACAUAAUAAAGCACAUGGAAGAGGUAAAUUUUCACACAUUAAUGGGGAUACUUAUGAGGGAGAAUGGGAAAAUGAUAUGUCUAAUGGAUAUGGAGUCUAUAAACAUAUUGAUGGUCCCAAAUACGAGGGAGAAUGGUUUAAUGACAAGUAACAAGGAUAUGGUAUUGAGUUAUGGCCUGAUGGCUCUAUGUACGAAGGAUAUUAUCAGAAUUCUUUAAAGCAUGGAAAAGGUAAAUAUCAAUGGAGUAAUGGUCAAAAAUAUGAAGGAGAUUGGGUUCAAAAUAAAAUAUCUGGAAGGGGAAUUUUAAUUUGGAUGGAUGGAAGAAGAUAUGAGGGAGAUUUUUACUUUGGUAAUAUGAAUGGCAGAGGUAUAUACACCUGGCCAGACGGAAGAAGAUAUGAAGGAUAAUAUCUUAAUGAUAAAAAGCAUGGUUAUGGCAUUUAUGAUUGGGGAGAUGGUAGAAGAUAUGAAGGAGAGUGGGAGAAUGGUAAGUAGCAUGGCAAAGGAUGCUUUUAUAUGAACAAAAAAGGGAAAUAUGGAUUUUGGAGUAAAGGUAAACGGAUAGCAUGGGAUGAUUAAUGA